AUGCUGCAGCACGCGGUGGCGCUGCUGCUGCAGCGGCUGCUGGGCAAGUUCGUGACCUUCGACUCGAGCAUGCUCAAGCUGAGUCUGUGGCAGGGCGACCUGUCGUUCCAGGACCUGCAGCUGCGCCUGUCGUACGGCGAGGGCGCCAUCGGCCACCUGAGCGUCAAGAUCCCGUGGCGCGCGCUCUGGACGCAGCCCGUGCAGAUCAAGGCGCAGGGCAUCCGCGUCUCGCUGCACCGCACGCCGUCGGAGGAGCACGCGCAGACGGCGCCCAGCGCGCAGGAGCUAAGCGAGGCCGUGGACACGAGCAUCGACGGCAGCAACGGAGACGAUCGGACGUAUCUGUCGCGGCUGGUGUCGCACAUCAUCGCCAACGUGCAGAUCGAGCUGUCGGACGUGCAGAUUCGCUACGACUGCGACCCGAGCUCGCUGGCGCCGCAACCGGGCAGUGGGACGUUGGAGAUUGGACACGUCAGCUUGAUCAACACGAAUGCAGACUGGGAGCUCGAAUUCACGCCGCAGUCGAGCUCAGCGAUGGAGUCGAGGAAGGUUGGUGGUUGGUUGCUGCGGAUGAUGGGUGUACUGCUGAAAACGGAAGGUGUUGCAGCUUACGUUGAGUACCCGGAAAAACAGAAUGACGUAGGGCCGGAUGACGAGCUGGCCUCGCCCAAGAUGCACCGAAAGUAUUUAUUCCAUGAGUGGCGAAGCACAGUCAAGGCAAGUUUGUUUUACCACAGUGUCAAUGCAGCGUUCCCGGAUGUCGAGCUGGAUGUGGAUAUUGGCUGCGAGCCUGGAAGUGUUACUGAGCAAUGCGAAAUUUGCGCUGCACACAAUUGCAGCAGCAACGAAAAAUUUGUGCUGCCAACCAACCGGCCGAGAGUGCACUUCGGGCCUGAGCAUAUCGACGUUCUGUACGCCAUUCUAAUUGAGGUAAAUGCGCCGUACGACGAGUACGAUCGCCUGGCGGUGUUGACACAGCAGCAGACAUCUCGGCCGGAUGGAUUUUUGAUGGUGCUCUCGUAUGCAAAGCAAUGGUUGUUGACGGAUUGUCUCGAUGCGGUGGUGGGCGAUACUUUUACGCUAGCAGCAGAAAGUGAUGAUGACGACGACGAUGAGUUCGAAGAUGCCAUCACCCCACCAAGUCUUUCUGUCCGCACAGAAUUGCGGCAUGGAGCGGGGAUCUUCUUUUCUGCCAGAGAGGCUGUUGCGACCGAAGAAGAAAUGCUAAAGGGGACACAGUGGGUAUGGAUUCUUGGGAAGACGGUUGGAGAUGUGAAGCAAUCGUGCGUGGAAGACGAGAUUCAGCUCAGCAUCCAGUCACUUCGCAUGUACGAGGUUUCGGCACGCAGCGAAAGCUACAGCAUUAUUGAUCACCCUACUGAAGACUCCAGCUCGGGAACUCCGAUCAUUCAAGCAUCUUGUGUCGUCCCUGCCUACCAGAGCCGUAUCGUUGGGCACCAACCGGCGCUUGACGUCCAAUUCGGUAGCAUCAUGAUGUUCAUCAAGGACGAGACCUUGGUUAUGUGGAUGACUCUCUUUGCGCCCGUAUAUCUAUGGUGGAAUCAAUGGAAUUUGUCGCACCCGAGCAAAUUAGUUUCCUAUAGCGAAGCGCAAAUUGCACCGAUCGCGCACCUAGGGAUCAAGAUGGAGAAAAUCUGCUUCGUGUUCGCACUUCACGAUCAAUUUUGCUUCGGUGCUGAGCUAAAGGACCUAACAGUCAAAACGUCAGAUCCUGAUCGCGAGCAUGUGAGGAGUGACUUUCGAACAAGCGUGCGACUGUUCUCUGUAAACGAGAGCCUCGCAUUGUUGCAAGCUCAAAUGAGCAUGAGCGACGUGCAAGGCGUCCACGAAAUUGUUGCUGUAAACCAGCUCUCGCUCACGAAAACAAGUCACUCGAGAACGGAGUGGUCCAUGGAUUGUUAUUCCUGCAAGCACUGCAGUUUGGGAAGCCAUGGGGCACUUUCUUACGAACAGCAUGAACUAGAUCCGGAAAAGGAGACGGCAAUGUACAACUAUGAAGCGCAGCUAUCCACAAUUCGUAUUGAUUGGAACGUGGUGGAGCUCGAAGCUCUAUGCUGGGUGAUCGGCAAGUGGAGCUUCUUUCUCCCGGAAAAAUCAGUAAAUGGGCCACCGCGUGACCUUCAUCCAGCGAAAGGAAGUGCAAGUGUGAAUGUGGUUUGUCAACAAAGAGUUUCCAUUCAGAUCCCAGAAUUGCAACUAUGCGUUGCUGACGAUCGACCUGGACAAUCUUCCAAGUUCAUGCUAUUCGUGACGGACGUUCAGUGGUCUUCACGCGUUUGCACGACGAUUUUUUCUCAGAAGAUUACCGUAGCGUCAGUUUUGCUCCAAGAAGGCGAAAGUGUUAUUGCACGAAUUGCGGGAAGCGCAGGCCUGCGGACGCCUGCUCUCAGCGCGACGUAUCAAACGAGCCGGUUUUACUCUUGCGAUGCCCACACAGCACCAGGGAAUAGCGAGCCUUCAGUGUUCCAGUUUGAUCGACAAGUCAUUCGUGCCGUUGUCUCUCUUGAGCACAUUUGUGGAGAAAUAUUCCUUCCGAAUGUAGAGACAGUAUUGGCGUGGGCAGGCGGAUGUCAUGAUAGGUAUUUGCUGGGAUUUAUUUUGUCAACCAGCUCAGGAUACGAGUUCGACGAUUUCAGACGCAACUUGUCGAAGUUGGGAUCCCAAUCUUCGUCGACAUUACUGGAGGAUUCCUCCUGCUUCGAUGACGAGAUCAUCGUUAGUGUGUCCGUCGCGCAUGGUUUACAGCUUGGCAUCAGGCAUCGGGAUCAAACUGCAGACCCCUCCACCGAAAGUUUGGCGUCUAUCGUGACUAUUUUUCGCUUGGAGGUUUCUAGCAUGUCACUGCAAGCUUGUGGAUCUGGAGCUGCUGGUUUCGAUAGCGGGUUUGAGCUCAAGGGCAGUAUUCGGAAUUUGCAGUUGACUGAUUUAACUUCUCCAAGUGGACCGCUACCAGCAGGUGCAGCAGUGCCGAAUCGACAAUCGAUUGGCUCACCCUCCGAUAUGCUUGAUGGGGUUGCUGACGUCGUGUCUUUCGGUGUGAAAAAUGUUGUCGACUUUGUGAUCAACUCUACUGAGAGCGGUAGCUCUGCUGACACAAAUGGUGCUGGAGGAGGUAUUCUGGUUCGUGUGCGAUUGGAUUCAGUUUGUGUCGUGUACCUCCACCGAGUGUUCAAGCAGUUCCACCACUAUAUGCUUGACCACGUUUCCAAAAUUCUAGUCAAUCCGUUUGAAGAGAAUCUGAGCGGUGAAAUGGCAUCUGCGGUAUUUAAAAAUUUCGUGGCUAAUACUGCAGCCCUCCCCGUGUCAGUAGAUGAGCUGCUGCGGAUGUAUUUCAAUGCUGUGGUGACCGAGGUAAACGAGCGCGCCGGGGCAAUGGGGAUAGCUAAAACUCAGCUGGGAGACGUUCGUUUUGAAGUUGUCGGAAAUGAUUUAGCAUUUGCGUUGCCGCGCAGCUCAUUAUCGAGAGAUAGCAUCAUUCUUCGCUCGACAAACGCCCGCUUUUGGAGCAGUGGAAUCGAUCCCUCUACGUCCGAUUUCUUGCAGAACGGCACCUUUGUCGACGAAGCACGAUUAUCCCAUGGCUCAGUUUUGGCGGGUGCAGCGAAAGCGCAGCUUUCACGGCGGACGGAGUUACGCAAUUUGAGGCGUCAAAUCAAGAACCAGCGCUCACGAAUCUUGAGCAAUCGCAGCCAACUAUUUAUUGAUCUUCGGAGCGCCACGCAGCAGGCACAAAACUACCUGCACGAGGGCUUCCAAGCAUUGCCGGCAGCAGAAGAUGCGGUGAAGAUUAUCCACAACAAGAUCGUCCACUUGGAUCAGCAGUUAGAGCAGCUGGCACAGUACCUUCUCAAAGUUGAUGGCGCACUUGAUGAAGCAAAAGCUGAAGGAGAAGCUCUGAACAGCGGAGGGCGUGAUAGUCUACAUUUCUUGGCAGGAACACCGACCAAUGGCUCGCGAGGACGAUCAGACUCGAUGGAGUUAAUCAGUCACGAAGUUGCUGGUAUGUCUCAACACUUAAUGGCGCCACUGUUCGUGGCUGAGGAUGCUGAAUUUCAUGAUGCUCGUGUUGCGUCGGAUUCCAACAUGAUGGUUCGGGAGCACGGAGAUGCAGACAUGUCGACAUCGUCGGUGGGUCUUUUUGAGUUUGAGCUGGUUGAUCUAAGUGGCACUACACGCGACUCAGCAUCGCCACUGUUCCAUCAUUCGUUGCUUACUGGACGCAUUGACUCGGAGCCUGAGAGCUUGUCGGAGGCAAAGUUGAGCUCGUUCUUUGGAGUCAGUUUGUCGCUAAAUGAGCUGAGCGUAGGAACUGGACCAGAGCAGUAUACGACUUUUCUGGGGAUGAUCUAUGAGAACUUCCGGGAAGUCUCGUGCGUCGUCUCGGAAGACACGUAUCCUUUGUGCCCUAAAUGCGGAGGCCUCCAUUAUGACAACGAGUACUGCAAGGCUAUAUGGAUGAAGAUCCCAGUGAAGGUUGCUGAUGCUGCACUUCGCAUUUCGAACAAAGACCAUCCCGUGGCGGACAUGUUUUGGGAGCAGCUCGAGUUGAUAUUUACUUUGCGGACAGAUGAUUCGCUGGAAAUUAACGCGUCCGCGCUCUCUUUUACAACGGUCGAUAUCCGGCCGACGCGGUGUCAGACGGCCUCUGAAAUUGUACGCCCGCUACCUGGAGACGGUCUUCAAUUCGAGUACAAUCAAAAGAUGAACUGGACCGAUACUGUUUACGACCUGAAAGUGAGAAACACCAACUUGCUCGGAGUAUAUCCGGCUUUCCAUGAUGUGGUUGCCUUCUUUGUGGAGCCAAUUUUCGCGGAGGGUGAGUUCUUGGACUUUGGUGUUGGGUAUAUGUCGCCACCUCCACCAGACUGGCAGAAGGUGGACUUCUUCGUGACUACAACUGGGUGUUUGUUCUCUUUACUGGAGGACUUUGAAACGACUGAUGCCCGAGCGCUAGUCAUGCUGACUGAUAUUGUGGCUGCGUACUCCACACAUCAGGAAUGUGAAGGUACGGCGGAUAUGAGUAAGUGUCACUUGGAGUUCGAUCAGCACGGUGUUUACUUUUCGCAGCUCCCAGACCUUCAGAUUGAUGCCUCGUUUCCGCUGUCAAACUCGUUCCUUCUGGUGUUUGAUCAUUUUGUCGAAGGGUCAACUUCGCUGUCGCGUCGCAAUUCGUUCGUGCUUGCCCCUGUUGAAACCCGAUUUUCUGUUCAGGAUGCAAAUUUAUUUAUUGACAUUGCGAACAACUAUCUGCGAUGGAUCCCGACAGCAACACCCGCGGUUCCAGCAAAAAGUGAAAAUGGGUCAAACGGAGCUCCUAGCUCUGCUACGCCCACGCCGACUUACGUGGCUGACAAACUUCUUGGCGAUGUCGGCGAACUACGUUUAGUUCUCGUGAACAACAGCUUGGGUAUUCCAAUUGCUGAUUUUCACAUGCGUGAGAUUGUAUGCGAGUACAUAAAGGACGAAGACUACUCGACGACUAUGGGCGCGACGCUGCUGUUCAACUAUUUCAACAACAGCAUUUACCGAUGGGAGCCGCUGGUGGAGCCUUUUGUCGUCCAGAUGCGGAUUCACCGUGCCUUGGAGGAGAACAGUCUCGUGGAAGUCUUUGCGAACCUGCCGAACACUGUCAAUUUCAACAUGACGCCCGCCAUGGCCCCUUUGCUGUCCUCAGAUGCGCUGCGGCAAGCAGACUUCGUCACCUCGGGAUCCAAAUCCACAGCACCUUUCUGGGUUGAGAACAAAACUGGUCUCGAUCUGAAGUUUAGCUUUCGCCGCGGCACCGGGACUGUUAUUCAGCAAGUUGUAGCAGACAAUGGGAAGGUGUCCGUUGAUUGUCGAGAGCAGGGGGAUAUGCUGACUUUUGACAGCGCCUCAGCUGACCGCUUCUUGCGAGAAACUGAUCGGCAAGCUCUCACCGUAAAUCACACGCUUUCGGUUUGGUUAAACGACAGCAAAUGGGUGAGCGCAAACCCUGUUGUUGUGGAUAUGGUUGGGCAUGUGGCUGUCCCUCUUCGGGAAUCGUUGACGGUUCCAGCUAAUGCAGACACGGAUGACUUUGAAAAUGCUGGCGAGGAGGAUAUCACCCCGCCGACAUUGGUGGCAGAGAUCAGUAUCCAAGCUGACGGAAGCAAGUUAAUUAGCCUGCAUUCUCAGGUGGUGCUGCAAAACCGAACGUCUGUUCCGCUGAUGGUUUGGGCGUUUUCUCCUCGUGAUGGUGGCUGCAUUCAAGAGUGGAUUAUUGAUCGUGAGCAGGUCUGCCAUAUUCCGCUUCAACUUGUGCAUCCUCAAAGCAAGAUCAGUAUCAGGCCUUCUCCUUACGUGCAGUACGCGCCACUGACUACCAGCCUGGAAGAACUCGGUGACGAAGUACGCGCGGCGAAAUCGGUUAAUACGAAACGCUUUGUGCGAGCUGGUAACUGUAUCUGCAACUUCGAGACAUUUGCCACGAUGGAGGAGCUACAGAGUGCCGCAAAGUCGUUGGAGAUGGUCUCAUCGUCAUCAAUGUCGUCGGCGAUACCGCUGUCGGGUUACGUUGUUCGCGAUUUACCUACUUGGAAAUGCACGUAUGAGGUGGAGGCGUACUAUUUAAUGCGUGCAACGUUUUCAAGUACGGAGGAGUCUCCGCUGGUGGAGGAAGCAAAGGCCGAUUUAGCUCAAAUCGAGGAAGAUGAAGAAGGGGAGAAAGUGGAGGACGACUUCCUUAAUGUAUUCGGCGAGCCAACUCAGCGGCAACGCAUGAACCCACUGCGCGAUGUGAACUAUGAGCUGGACGAGGCGAGAGCUGCGAGUCAGCGGCGAGGAUUGUAUGAAGCGACCAACUCGAGCCUUUACUAUCUCUCCGUUUCUCCAUUCCUUACGCUUCACAAUCGCUUGGCGACGGCAAUGGCGUAUCGUCUGCUCAAUGGAUCUCUUCAGCUGAUUGCGGAAGGCAUUUUGGCCGUAGGAAACGUGCUACCGCUAUUUCAAGUCGAUACGUCGGAGCUGCUGUAUGUAACCUUCCGGUUGGAGAAUUACAGCUGGAGUGCUCCGAAGCUCAUCAUCAACCCAAAGAUGUCAGCGUACACGGUGCCUUACAAAGAGAACAUUGAACCGGUGCAACUACUUGGUCGCGCUUUCGACCGUGACAUUGCUGGCGAACAAGGCAGCGUGCCGAAUCUUCAACUGCAGGUGAAGCUAUCAGGACGAGACGUCGUUGUAUUCUGUUCGAUCUGGAUCGUCAAUCAUACGGAUCUGGACCUGGAGUAUUGCAACUCAACAAGCUCAUCAUCCAAGAGGCUUGAAAGCGUACUCAGGUACGUGCACCGACACCCAUCCUCAGCUGAAGAGCAGAGUGAGAUCUUCUCUUCUCGCUCACUUUCGUUUCACGAUGAGAGCGGUAGAGAGGCUUCGCUGACUCGUCUUCAAAAGGUGAAGCCUUCUGCCAACCCAGUUGCUCUGAUCGUCGUCAUUCGGGAAGCAAGAGAACUUUACAAUGCCCAGUACUUUGGAGCCCAGAGUCCAUACGUUCGAGCGUCCUUGUACGUGCUGAAGAACCCGAAAGACAGAUACCUGGAGAAGCCUGAAAUGGUUGCUAUUUGCUCUGCUACGACAAAGCCAAGCCCGUCUGGUGGACUGACUCCGAAGUGGGAUGGCCGUCUUCAAAACACUCUGCUGCUUCGUUUCCCGCCUGAAGUGAGGACUUUGGAUUUGGCUCGCGUUAUCAUCGAGGUGCGGAAUAUUCGCUAUGGACUCGAUACUUGCCUCGGAGUCACAGCGGUAAAAGUGGAUAGCGUCUUGAAGGACCGCAAGCGCGCUGCAGCUUUCAAUUGGUACAAGCUGCUCAAACGGAAGUCGUCGCGUGAACGGAAGGCAUCCAAGAACAACCUUGCGAGCACACACCGAGGAGACAUCAGCAUAUCUUUCUCUGUUGGCACAUCUCAAAAACUGCCGUCGGAUAUGGAUGCAGCAGAGAUUGUUGAGGAGGUUGCCGAGGAUCAAAAUUCACCUUCGUUUCACGACGAGGAGGAAAUGCCUACAUUUCUGGCGAGGCAAGAGAGCGACGACUUUGAGCUCGACGACAUGGAGGCUUCUACCGUGCUGACAGGGCAACAUACACCUGGACCUCUUCCAUCUGCCAGCGCUGCAAGAUCGAUGCAUCGACUUCAGACACCAUCAAAUAAUGACAUGGGACUGAUUGGAGUCCCUGCCUCCAUGCGCGCGCGUCAAGCGUACGCACUUUCUGGUGAGGUCGAGUCCACGCGUGGCCAAGAAUUGCUGUCAUAUGACCCAACAUCUACGAGAGCAAUGGGUGCUACGCUAGCGAACGGGUCUCCGACGAAGCCAGCACAUAAGGGGAAGCCACAUGGUGUGCAAGUGUACCUUCCUCACAACCGCUUCGCCUGUGUCGUGGUCGAAGUAUACUCAGACUCGCUCAUGUCAGAGGUUUUUGACCUGGUCUGCAUGAAGUGCGGUUUUGUGGGUGUGUUGGACAUCGAAGACUUCGAUUUCUUCGAGCUGGCGCUACCUCGUUUCGUCUCCCUUAGAAGUGCUGGACGUCCAGAGGGUGAGCGGUGGUACGGUCAACCUAUCCCGAUGAACGAAACGGUGGAGAACAAGGGCCGUCGUCAUGGGCUCCACUUGUGCCAUAGGAUAACGAUGACAACGAUUCGUUUGUACGACGAAGCGAGCACAGCGAGUGCUCACCACGUCACACCGCGGUCGUUGGUGACGAGCUCCAAGCGCUCGAACCCUGCUCAAAUUCGCCCGAUGCCCUGGGGAGACGUGCUACCGUACAGUUCAGGUGGUAAACACUGGGACGUUCUUCGGAUCAAGUCGCGUUCAUCACCAUGGUCCGACGUUAUUCGUCUCAACCGCAACGCGAUGGGGAAUUCAGGAGUCGCUCAAGUCAUCAGCCUCACCAAUGAAAUCUUUGAUCAGGACGAAGACAGUGAUCUUCGGAAAGGAAGCCAAGAAAUUGGUUUGUGGUGUUGCUAUGGUAGCGGACGAUUUUCGGAGACAAUCAUGGCAACAGUUGUCCCUCGCUACAUUUUGAUCAACAAGACGGAAGAAACGAUCAAGUAUCGGCAGUGUGAUGCACCGCAGACCUUCCGACUGGCUGCCAACGAACUUGUGCCGUUCCAUUGGCCAAGCGCAUCAAGAGAGAAACUUCUGGAAGUUACCUUGCUUCACAAGUACAGCUGGAGUGGAAGCUUUCGAAUCAACUCGCUCGGAACGACGUACCUGAAAUUGCGAGACCGAACUGACUCCUCUCGCAUCUACAUUUUGCAAUGCCAGAUCGAGCUAGUGGGUGGGUCUGUUGCGUUGAUUUUCCGGGAAGAGUCGAAGCGUUUCCCUCCAUACAGAAUUGACAACAUGACAUCGUUUCGGAUUCGCUUCAAGCAGACAAACUGGGGCGAGGACAAGGACUUUGACCAGCUGCUUCCACGGUCUUCGUGCGCAUACUCGUGGGAUUAUUUGAACGGAUCUGAUGGUAAAUCAUCGUCUUCAUCGAAUCAAGACCCCGCCUUCCCGGGUGGCUCAAGCUCUUCGUCUCGUUCGCUUCAAGUGCGAUUUAUGCGGGUGACAUCGUCGACAUCAAAGACUGGUGAAGACUCCGAUAAGGAUGCUGUAGAGAUCCGUGAGUACAAUCUGGAUGAAAUGACGACGCAUAAGCGGAUUCAGCUUCAUCGCUCACUGCCGUCGGAACUUUUCCUCAAACCGGAGCAGAAGGGAUACUUGCUGAAGAAGGACAGCAUGCUCAAGUGGAAUCGGAAGUACUUCCGUUUGUACGAGCAUAUGCUGUACUACUUCGCGAACGAAACGGAUCAGGAGUUGCUUGGUGUAGUGGACUUGCGCGCUGGCUCUGAUGUGCCUGGUGUUGGAGGUGUUGCCAUCUUUGAGAAGGCAGCAGAAGCCCCAUCGAAGAGUGGGUUCAUCUCUUUGAACGGCCUUGUGUCGUCAAUCUCGGGAAGUCUCUUCGGUGGUGGCUCACGACAAAAAGACGGCGAUGACGAUGAUGAUGAUGGUGAUGACAGGUCGCGAGAACUCGUGCGUCUCGCAGUGUCUUUGACUACAUCAAGUGUGUUGUGUGAGGAAUCCGAGAAGUUUGUUAACGCACACGUGGAGAACGAGACAGCGGUGCAAAGCGGUAUUACGCGGAAGGGCUUCUACGUCAAUGGACAAGAUCUCGUGGAUUUCUUAGUGACGGAAAUGAGUACUCAGACGAAGGCGCAAGCAUUCACUACUGCGCAGGAGAUGAUGGAUCUUGGCGUACUGAAGCCUAUUCAGCUGUCGACUGAAACCAGUGGACGCAAACAAGCGCCGCUGAGAAGCUUCCAAUGCUCCAAGAUUGUGUGGUACAGUGUUGAUUCGAUCAAUCUUGCGGACGAUUCCGACGUGGACUCCGAGGAUAGUUCUACCAUGACUACGCCUCGGGACAGUAUCUCGGCGUCAACUCCUGGGAAAGCAAAACCAAUCGUCGCUGGAUCGAACCAGUUUUCGAUUAUCACGCCAACGAAGUGCUACGAUUUGAAGGCGAAAAAUCCUAAAAUCGCAAGGAUUUGGGUGAGGCGAUUGCGACUUGCUACGCAGGGCAUCCAAGCCGACGGUGCCGAUGAUCUCCCAGAGGAGACACCGAUGGGGGCUGGGGCUCUUUUGGCUCCCAAGACGGCGCGCUCCCAGCGAGACCUUCUCCCUCAGGUUCAAAAUGCCAAGACAUAUGUGCAUGUCCGCAUUCGCGCUGAUGGCCCUACCAAGGUGCUGGAAUUGUUUGAGGGUGGCGAGGAAGAUUUUGAUGAGAAGGAAAACAAGUACGAGUUGUCGAGCACGGCGUCGGCAUCGUCGGACUCUCCAACAGCCAGUGAGACUUCCACUAAUGCUUUCGAUUCUCUCACGUCCGGUAUGGCGCUACACCUUCGUUUGGACGGAAUCGGUAUAUCGUGUGUGAAUGAGCUCCCCAUGGAGCUUGUGUACAUCUACAUGGGUGGGAUCAGUCUCCACUAUUCGCGUGUGAACUCCAACAUGCGCAUGAACAUCACGCUGGAUGACCUGCAGAUUGACAAUCAGAGUGAAGAAGCAACGUUCACAAAGUUACUGUGUCCUCGAAUGGAAAGCGGUUCAGCGGCUGCAGCAACUCCCACACGGAAAAGAACUGUCGGCGACAUCGACGAAGAUCUGGCCGAAAUGGUUAACCAAGGGAGAGGAGCGACCGGCGAUGACGAACUGCAGGAAAUCACUGGGUUAAAUGCAAACCAGAACAUCUUCAGUUGCGCGGAUUGCAAAUAUCGCCAGGCGAAUGUGGCUACAAUGCAUUUCUGCUGCACGUGGUCCAACGAACAAGGCAAUACUGACUACUUCAAGCACUGCUCUUUCUGGUUGUAUCCAGUCAUCACGCAGCUGGACGAAGAGCUGUUGGUGUCAGCUCGAGCAUUCAUGGCGGCGAUGUCGCAGUCGUGGGGAGAGAACCGCUCUCAAAACCGUGGGGGUGAGAUUCGAAUGAAGAGUAUCCCGAUUGAGACAAUGACGGAGUCUCUAGGCGAGUACAGGGAAAACACUCUCAGUGAUGAACUGAAUCCGCUGAAGAGUUUGGAGUCGUACACUGAGACCUCGUCCUCCGAGACACGAAAAGUGUACUUCGCUUUGCUCCACAUUCACCCGAUGGACUUCGACAUUACGUUCCGCAGCGAUGUAUUCCAGACGAGCACGACGAUUAGUCUCCAUGAAGCGGCCAGCUUUAAGAAGAAAAUGGCCAGUGGCCAUGCAGAUGAAUUGAAGCGAUCAAGCUCAGCUCCGUCCACGUUCGGAGAAGCGAGCAGCGAUGACUCAACAUCUGCAAUGACCUGGGCGAUCCCCAGCCUGACGAUGCAUGUGCCCGAUCUGGAUAAUGCACCCGUGCGCCUGAAUGCUCUGAUGAUCGAGCACGCUUUCGGUACGAGUGGAGAUUUGACACGUCGAGUGUCGAAGUAUUACACUCGUCAGCUGUGGAAGCAACUACACAAGAUUCUAGGAUCGUUCGAUUUCCUGGGAAAUCCCGUGGGAUUCUUGGAUCACAUUGGUACAGGAGUACGCGAUUUCGUGUAUGAGCCUCUCGAAGGAUUGAAGAUCGGUGGUAAGGGCUUUAGCAAGGGUCUGGCCAAGGGCACAGCGAGUCUGAUGUCAAACACGGUGGAUGGCACGUUCGACGCGGCAAGCAAGAUCUCCGGCACGUUUGGACAAGGUUUCGCAAAUCUGAGCCUGGAUGAUCACUAUCAGCAGCACCGCGCUCGGGCUCGUCGUCGCCACGUCCGUGGUUUGCGCGAAGGACUGGUGCAAGGCUCGCGCGAAUUGAGCCUUGGUGUUUAUGAAGGCGUUGCAGGCCUGGUGUUGAACCCUAUGCGGGGUGCGCAGGAGAGCGGAGCAGUGGGUUUUGUGAGAGGUACCAUUACGGGUAUCAUCGGCCUACCGGUGAAGCCUGUCGCAGGCAUCUUCGACUUUGCAUCGCGCGCUACGCAAGGCGUGCGGAACAGGUCACUGCAAAAUGGACAGAAUAUGCGACGUGUUCGACGGCCGCGCGUGUUUGGGCGCUACAAUGAACUCAAAUGCUACAAGGAAGCUGACACUAUUGCUUAUGAAUUGCUAAAGAGGGUUGGAGGCGACCGGUUGUCUGGAGAGAAGAUCAUCUUUUACAACGAGAUCAUGCAGUCGGUGAGCGCUGCAGAUCUCACGCGCGAAGCUCGGGAUCGUCGUCGCAGUGGUAGUAUCGGGAAUGGGAAACCCAAGAGCAAUAGCGACUCUACCCGCGAACGCACCAACUCGCUGCGGCGAGCGCUGCAGGAGAACGACGAGCGUCGCCGCGCUGCUGGCGAACCUCCGAAUGCCAGUGCAGGUGAAACUGGUGGCCGCAAGUUGCGUUACGAAGUGGUGUUCUAUCAGAAGAAGCUGGGGAUGGAUCUGGAGACGGACUUUUACUGUGAGAACGUCACUAUCAAGGCUAUGGACGAGACCUCGCGGUCGAAGGUGAAGGUUCGUGGGCAGAUCGCUCCAGGACAGCAAGUGCUGCAAGAGGGGGAUUGUCUUAUUGGCGUUGGCGGCGUGGAUGUUCGUGGUAUUGGCUUUCACGAGACAUUAGCGCUCCUGCGAGGCACAACACGUCCAAUCACCGUUCAAUUCGAGAGUGCGGAAGAGCUGCUGCAGGAGUCGGCGGCACCGAAGUCUGGAGAUUCUGAUGGCGGGGCUGUGGUUGAGAUCGGAUCAACGAGUCGGGCACGAUUGCGUCGGUUGUCGCUGGCUGGCCCGGACGAUUUAGCGGACGAGUCGAUCAAGAAGGUGAAGGUGCAGCUGUCACACUGGCUGAUCGUGACGGAGCAGCGCGUGCUGUACAUCAACGUGGGAUCGUUCGCCAAGCCCGUGGUGGAGUGGAUGACGCCGUUGCGCUACAUCUACCGCGUGGAGUGGCUGAAGAGCGCAGCGAAGCUAUGUCUCCACCUCAGCGUCGGCGUCGACAGCUUGCCGAUGGGUCCGCGGAUGCGCCCGUCGCUCAAGGCCAUCGAUGGCCACGAGCGGGACAUGAACGUGUUCUUGGACGUCAUGUGGCACAGUUUCGGCUCGGCGACUGCCGAGGAGCAGGAGCUCUGGCCCUCGGACACGAGUCUCAACGGGUACCUGCUCAAGAAGGGUGGCUUCUCGACCGUGCGUCGGUGGUUCGUGCUGAGCCGCAACUGCCUCUACUACUUCUCGAGCCGCAAGCAGCUGCGCGGCAUCAUCCCCUUGGGCCACGUGCGACUCGAGACGGACGCCGGUGACUCGCGUUGUCUGCGUAUCACUAACGCCACGCGCUCGCAGCCGCUGGUGACGCUGCAGCUGGACAGCGGACAGGUCGUGGAGCGCGUGCAGAGCGAGGUGGUGCUGGUGGCCGCGUCCACGCAGGAGCUCGAGAUGUGGCAGUCGUCGCUGGCUCAUGCCGCUGGCAAGGGCAUGCGGCACUCGCGUGGCACGCGCUUCUUCGUGCCCACGGCCGCCUCCCGCCUCGAGAUCGGCACGCAGGAGACGCCCGACUUCGUGGUCAAGCCGCUGGCCGAGGCGCUCAAGAAGACGGUCGAGGUGUUCAACACCAAGUUGCCCUAG